CUUACGUAGUUGUCAGAAUGGCACUUGGCAGAAUGAAAAAUGUCCUAAUAAUAUAACCUAAAAAUUUUUAAUUACAAACCCGAUACGGUCAUUUUAAUUGUAUAAUCUAAUAAAUUACAUUUUCCUUUCUACGAAAUGACCUCGACUGUUAUAAAGUAUGUUGGAAGAACAACCGAUUUUAAAGGAAAGACUCUUUGGGAAAUCGUUGGGAGUUUGAAAAACCAAGGUGUUGGGAGAAUCAUUGUGCGAUCAGUUUUCGAAAGAUACCCAGAGCCUAGUUUUAUGAAGAUUGUUAAAGUUGAAACUUGUCCUGAUGAGGAACGACGUAGAGUAAGAAUAUGGGUUGAGAAAACAUUUAGAGGUCGCAAAAUGCCGAAUUUGACAGAAAUAUAUCGUACAUCUUACAAGCCUGAUUACAAACUUAUACCUAAGAAUGAGGAGGCUAAACUGCUGGCCAGUGUUAAGGAAGUGCACGACUAUCCUGAGGUGAUUCUACCAAGAAAUAUUGAGAUGCCGCCACUAAUGAAGAAAUUUAUUAUCAAGGAUCAUGAAAAGAAAGGACUGGAGGUGAUGACAGACUUCACAAUGCCAAUAGCCUACAACUACAGUCCGAACAGAGUCAAAAGAAUAGCUAAACCUGACGAAAAGCCAACUGUACAAUUUUCUAUGGGCCUUGGUACACCUGCCAGUCCUUCACUCUAUGAGGGAGUGCCACUAAGUUAGAGAAAACAAGAAACCAAUAUUACAUGUGUAUUUUAUUAUAGAUAAUAUUAUAGAGCAAUAAAGUAGUUGAUUACAAUUUAUGUACAUA